AUGAGUGACAUUGAUUUAUCUAUAACACUUGUUAUUUUACCAACGCAUCGUAAUGAAAGUGAAAUAAGCAAUUUUUCAAAACGUCUUCACAGUCAAAUGAAUGAAACGUGUACUAAUGAUUGGGCUAAAAUGUUUCAUAAUGCACUUCAUGGUUAUCUUGAUAUCGAUUAUGAACGUAUAACGAAAAUUAAAUAUAAUCUCAAACAAAAUCAUGGAAAAUUUUUACGAACUCCAUCAAAGAUUAAUCCGAAAGCAAUGAAUAAUAUUUCUGAAAAUAAUAGUAAUACAUUAAUAGUUCAUCCAAAUUUACUAUUAUCUGAUCAUAUCAGCGAACGACUUUUUAAUAACAAAUCAAUAAUUGUAAAUUUUAAUUUUUCUAUUACUGAUCGAAAUGAAACAUCAAAUGAUACAUUAACUGGUUUACACAUUGUAACACUUCUUUUAUUGGCAUCAGAAUUUCAUGUUAUAAUGGAUCUAUGUGAAAAAUAUUCAAUUAAAGUUGAAAAAGUAUCGAUUAUAUCAGAUAAAGAUAAAACUCGAGAUGAAUUUUGUGGUAAACCUGAUGUAAUGUAUCCAACAAACACUGGUGUUAUACGUAGACGUAUAAGAUUUGAUGGAGAAAUUGAUUAUGUUGUUGAUGUACCUGAACUUGAAACAACAUAUGAAAGUGGAGAUUAUACUUAUUUAUUUAUGGUUUCAACAUUAACACAACAUCAACGAAAGAAAUCGUCACAAGAUGCUUUAACAUCUUCAACGUCAAAUUCAACUGCAGCAUUAAAAAUAAUACUAGUUUGUAAUCGUCAACCUCAAAUAGUUGAUCGUUGUCCAGAUAGUCUUGUUAUGCGUAUAGCACUUUGUGAAGUAAUUCAAUAUAAAAAUUUUUCAAUACGAAUUAAACGUACUGGUCGUUUAUAUACAAAUCGUGAAUAUCGUUAUGAUGAUUUUCGUUCAGAUUUAUAUAUUGUUGUAUGUAAACAUGAUGCAUAUAAUAGUACAACGAAUGGAAAAAAAAAAUUUUUUUUUGAUAAAGCUCCUGGAUAUUUAUCAACAAUAGCAAUAUUUCUUUCAAUAUGUGCAUUAUCAAUAACAUUAUUUACAUUUAUAUUAUUUUCUUCAUUACGUAAUUUACCUGGAUGUAAUGUAAUGAAUUUAAUUAUAGCUUUAAUAUUAGCUGAAAUUUUAUUUUUAUUACAAAGUUUAUUAAUAAUGACAAGACCAAGUGUUUGUUUAUUAUUUGCAUUAGGAAUACAUUUUUUCUUUUUGGCUAGUUUUUUUUGGAUGAAUGUUAUGGCAUUUGAUCUAUGGAAAACAUUUCAUAGAGGUUUUUCAAUUUAUAUUUAUGAAAUUCGUGAACGUUUACCAUAUUAUGCUUUAUAUGCAUGGGGUAUGCCAGUUAUUAUUGUUUUAAUUGGAAUAUUAUUAGAUAUAAAAAAUGCUCAAUUAAAACCAUGUUAUGGAAGAUUUUUUCGUGGAUGUUAUGAUGUUUGUUUUCAUACAAAACAUGAUUCACCUUUACAAGAUUAUAUUGAAGAAUAA